UUUGACUUUUUUUUUGCCGUCGAUGCUUCCGGUGAACAGAGCCAGAGCUCUUUUAACAAUCCUGAGCCAAGCCAAAACACUAAACCAUACUCAGCAAGUUCACGCCAAGGUCAUAAUCCAUGGAUUCGAAGAUGAAGUUGUUCUCGGAUCCAGUCUCACUAACGCUUAUAUCCAAUCGAAUCGUCUCGAUUUCGCUACUUCUUCUUUCAAUCGAAUCCCUUGUUGGAAGAGGAAUCGCCAUUCGUGGAACACGAUUCUCUCUGGUUACUCCAAAUCCAAGACUUGUUGUUAUAGUGACGUCUUGCUUCUUUACAAUCGCAUGAGAAGGCAUUGUGAUGGCGUUGAUAGUUUCAAUUUGGUAUUUGCGAUCAAAGCUUGUGUUGGUUUAGGGCUUUUAGAAAAUGGGAUUCUGAUUCAUGGCUUGGCUAUGAAGAAUGGGUUGGAUAAGGAUGAUUACGUUGCUCCGUCGUUGGUUGAGAUGUAUGCACAAUUAGGUACUAUGGAAAGUGCGCAGAAAGUGUUCGACGAAAUUCCUGUCAGAAACUCAGUUCUUUGGGGAGUUCUGAUGAAAGGAUAUUUGAAAUACUCGAAAGACCCAGAAGUGUUUCGUUUGUUUUGUCUCAUGAGAGAUACUGGUUUAGCCCUCGAUGCGCUUACCUUGAUAUGUUUGGUAAAGGCUUGUGGAAAUGUUUUUGCUGGUAAAGUAGGGAAGUGUGUGCAUGGAGUAUCCAUUAGAAGGAGCUUUAUAGAUCAGAGUGAUUACUUACAAGCCUCCAUUAUAGAUAUGUAUGUGAAAUGUAGAUUGUUGGACAAUGCUCGAAAACUAUUUGAAACAAGUGUUGAUAGGAAUGUGGUAAUGUGGACUACGCUGAUUUCUGGGUUUGCAAAGUGUGAGAGAGCUGUUGAAGCAUUUGAUCUGUUCAGGCAGAUGCUACGAGAAUCGAUACUUCCAAAUCAAUGUACUUUGGCGGCCAUUCUUGUUUCUUGCUCGAGCUUGGGAUCUCUGAGGCACGGGAAAAGUGUUCAUGGCUACAUGAUAAGGAAUGGGAUUGAAAUGGAUGCUGUAAAUUUUACAUCGUUCAUCGAUAUGUAUGCUAGAUGCGGAAAUAUACAGAUGGCUCGGACGGUUUUUGAUAUGAUGCCAGAGAGAAAUGUGAUAUCUUGGAGCUCGAUGAUCAAUGCUUUUGGGAUAAAUGGUCUGUUCGAGGAAGCUCUGGAUUGUUUUCAUAAAAUGAAGUCACAAAACGUAGUUCCCAAUUCUGUGACAUUUGUUUCGCUUUUGUCGGCCUGUAGCCAUUCCGGAAACGUCAAAGAAGGAUGGAAGCAAUUUGAAUCGAUGACAAGAGACUAUGGGGUAGUGCCGGAGGAAGAACAUUACGCGUGUAUGGUGGAUUUGCUAGGUCGAGCUGGUGAGAUUGGAGAAGCUAAGUCUUUCAUUGACAACAUGCCUGUGAAACCAAUGGCCAGUGCUUGGGGAGCUCUUCUGAGUGCUUGUAGAAUCCAUAAAGAAGUCGACUUAGCAGGAGAAAUCGCAGAGAAGCUCUUAUCCAUGGAACCCGAGAAAUCAAGUGUCUACGUUUUGCUUUCUAACAUAUACGCUGAUGCUGGGAUGUGGGAGAUGGUGAAUUGUGUGAGACGGAAAAUGGGGAUCAAAGGAUAUAGAAAACAUGUGGGACAAUCUGCUACUGAAGUCGGCUAGAACAUUUUGCUAUGGAUUUCUGCAUCAUGGUUUUGACAGAUGAUGGAAAUAUGAAGCACCAUGACAGAAAGAUGAUGGAAAUUACUGUGAAAUAGUUAUUUGGAAAACUUUCUAAAUCCAAGGUUUCAACUCUCUGCGAUGAAGAUGAGAGAUUGGAUUGGAUUGGUACGAGACUACGAGCUGGUUGUUGCUGAAGUCAAAAGUCACUGUCAUAAGAUGCGUUGAUAUUCUUAGAACAAUUGAAGAGGUUUAUCUCUCUCUCUGUUACAAGGAUCUUAGCUUAGCCAAAGCUAGUUGCGCGGUGUAUUUUUCACGUGAUUAAGCUUGCAAUUUGAAAUGUUGUUAAUAUAUUUGGUUGGUAUUUGGAUAUCAAUAGAGAAUCUGCAAAGACAGCAGUAAUUUUGGGAAGGUGACUUGGGGAUCAAAGUCUUCUCAUGGUACAUAUUGUAGACAUCUUUACAUUUUCUGGCUUCAAAACAUUUUGUAAGAUUUCAGUAUUAACAAUUUGUUUCUCGAAAAGAUCUCAG